AUGCCAUCAAUCCAAUUCAAAAAUUCUGCUUCCGCCAAGGAGGACGCUGCGAAGGCUGCUCCGAUUGAGGCCUUCACUCCGGUUCCCACUGCACCGGCUCCAACUCCGAUUUCCACUCCUGCGCCGGCUCCAACUCCAGAGCCAUUUGUUCUUCCACAAUUGCGCAAGAACAAGUACAACAUCCAAAUCGAGUGGGUCCGUCACUCACGUCUCGCGUGCACCGUCUAUCUCUUCAUCGGUAUCAUGUUGACCGCCUACUACUCUGCCGCCUUCCUCACCCAAUAUGGAACUUUCGACCGUAUCGUUGACAUCAAGCCGGUGCCAAUCCUCUCGGAGUCCAUUUUGACUCGUGUCGUCAUGGCGGAAUGGCUCCUUCUCGCCGCUGUCUUGCUCCUUGGAAUGGGAGUCUUCCGCCGCAUUUUUAUGCCUCUCUACAUCUAUCUCGCUGUCAUGGCCACCAACGGGACCCUCAUUCUGUUCGUGGUGAAAUUCAAGCAAUUCACCGAGGGAAAGAUCCCCCAUGAUGACCUCUCACUCAACCUCGUCGGCAUUCUCCUCGUCACCGCCACCGCUCACAACCUCGUCUAUCUCUACGCGAUGCAUCUUCAUCUCAGCACCCACCACUACUACCGCAUCAGACGUGUCCCUGCCCCAGCUGCUCAGGAGAAGAAUGACCUUCCAUAA